GCCGAUCCCUCUGAGUGGGUUGCGUCAUUUCACUAGGGAACAAGAACUCCGCAAGGGAAGGUGGUAUCCACAUUACCAAAGAAACGUCUUCGUCUUCUUCUGCUUCUGCUUGGCCGGUAGCUAUAUCGCCAAUUGCAUUAACAUCCGGUCUUCUCAGAAAAGGAAGCUUACUGGCGGUGCCUCAUGUUUGCUACAAGUGGCCAGCGAGACGUCAAAAACACGUCGCCGUUGUGGCGCGGCCUCUACACGCAGAGUUUCGUGCAAUGAUGCCUGCACAGCCGCGCCUCGCAAUCUCAGGCGGCUGCCCACCGGUGGCGCCUCCUGCAGGCGCUCGUGCUCCGACUAUGCGGCACGCGUAGCGUCUUCGCCGUGUUCCAUCUGGCUGUCCCAUGCGUGGCUGCGAGACGUCGUAGCCCGUGGUGAAGAGCGCAGCCGGGCUUCAAGUUGACGCGGACCGGUGAGAGUGAGCUUCGAGUGAGCCGCGAUCCACGUCGCCGGGCCCACCGGCGGGCACGCGGCGGUUCGAACACGAGCCCAGGAGGCGGCGCUGCUGCGAGUGCCGUUGCGCGGUCGUUGGCGAGCUGCUGCUGCGGUCCGACGACAGACCAGAGACUGCCGCCGGUCGCCGAGCCGCUGGACCCUGAGCGGGACCGCACCGACUUGCGAGGCUGGAGCACAGUGCGCACCGGGCCGCACCCGGCGACGAAGCAUGGGCGCCUGAGGCUGCUGCUGCCGCUUCCACCGCUGCUGCCUCGAUGGUGUCCGAGCUGCCCGAGCUGACGCCGCCGGAGAACCUGUCCGAGAACAGCGCCGACUCCAAGGUGCAGUCGUGCAGCAAUGGCGACAUCUGCCGCAUCUGCUUCUGCGGCGUCAGCACCGAAUCGCUACUGGCGCCAUGCAAGUGCAAAGGCUCGCUGGCCAAGGUGCACAAGACGUGCCUGGAGACGUGGCUGGGCAACCAGGCGAUCGACCAGUGCGAGAUCUGCAAGUACCACUACAUGACGGCGCGGCGGCCCAAGGGCUUCCACGAAUGGCUCAUGAACUCGAGCACGCGCGAGGACAAGCAGAACCUGGUGGGCGACAUGGUGGCGCUGCUGCUGCUCACGCCGCUGGUGGUGUUCUCCCUGUGGCUCUGCACCGAGGGAGCCAUCCAGUUCAGCCACGAGGGCUUCCCCACCUGGGAGAGCGCGGGACUCGUCUUCAUCACCAUCGUGCUCUUUGUCGUCUUCUGCGUGUGGGUCACCUUGCUCUACAGGUACCACUACACGAUCUGGAAGCAGUGGCGGUCGCACAACUUCCACGUCAACCUGCUGGUGAAAACCAACGCGUCCAUGGGCGACGACCAGCCCGCGGCAGCCAUGGCGCAAGUGGCGGAGCCAGAGGCCCUGCCGAGCGGCGACAUAGACGACGGCCUCAGCGCCGUGGUGGUAGAGGAGCCGCCGGAGCUGGACGCCGCCGAGGAAGGCGCGACAGACAAGGUCGAGUCGCCCCCCUGCACGCCGUCCAAGGAGUCGCCGCCCAAGUCCACCAGCAGCACGCUCAUCAUCUACACGCCCGCCGUCUGAUGAGCGCAGCACGGAGCUCCGCCCACCGCAGGCACCUGCCACCCCCCCGGGGUGUGGUGGCGUUCUUCAGAGCUUGUCACCAGGAGCGGGGCGGUCUUGACCACCGCGGCCCACCGCUGUUGUACACACACCACCACCACCACCACCGCCAUUCGGCGAUCCAGAGUCGAGAGGGAAGGGAGGGAAAGGGUGGGAUAGUGAAAAUUACCACCGCCGUCCACGCAUGCAUUUGCUUUUGGGUAAUGCGCGAGUGAAAAGGAAUAAAAUGUGUACGUGUUGACCCUCCCCAGAACGCCGCAGAGGAACUACGUCGCCCACGCGCAAGUGCUACAGGGGGCAGUCUGUCUCUAUCGACGAUGCAAAAACAAAGAAGAAAUGCAUAGUACACAAUUGUGCAGUAAUUUCAUGU